AUGUCGAAUCAAUCCACCGCCAAUGCCGCGUGCCCAUCCUGGCCACUCGAGAGGAAGCUGAAAGUCUUGUUGGCGUUAUCGAAGCAAGAAGGAGAAUACGACAGCAAAGAUGCGCGCGACUCUGGAAGCACCUUCCAACUACAGCACGACGACGAUGUCACCAAAGCGGACAUUGAAUGGAUCAACCAAGAUAGGGACAAGUGGGACGAAAAGAGACGGGCUGCUUGGGAUCUUUGGAACGACAGAUACUUGCCACUGCUUUCUGAAGGAUGGAAAGCGUGCACACUCGAGUCGCUGGUGGAAAAGGAGCCUGGACACCGCUCAAUCAUGGAGCAGAUACUGCAAUGCCUCGACGACAUCUUUUUCGGGGGCAAGAUCGCUGCGUAUUGCACCUUUGAGUGGUCGGAUUACGACGGGAAUUUCGCCUUCACAUCUUUGAAGAAUCCCGGCGAGGUGACGAUGAGGGUGAAUCUGCACGGAGAGGCGCAUGGAGCGAAGGACGUUUGGCACCUGGUUGGCACCAUUCUACACGAGCUUUGCCACGUCCAGCAGUAUGUAUGCGGCUGCCAGGGUGGCAAGCUCUGCGGGUCGUGCGGUCAAGAGAAGUCGUUUCCACACUCCGACUGUUUCUUCGACCUGUCUCUGCACGUGGAGACGCUUGCAAGUAAACUACACGACACGGAAAUCGACCUCGGCCGCAAGGAGGCCUUUGUCGAUCGAUACAGGAGCUCUGCCCCUCAUGCGACGAUCGUUACGAUAUACGAGAGGUUCAAGAGGGAGAGACUGGACAUAUCUCAUGAAUUGGUUCUUCGACAGGAGUCACCAGCUGUACCACUAGCAGCUUGA